CUCAUACUAAAUCAGCAACAGCCACUAGUUACCAGGCAGUCAGUAGUAUUGUCCCCAAGGCUGCUGGAGCCAGUGUACCUUGUGGAGAUCCAGGCUCCUGAGAAUGCACUUGGUGGUAUCUAUGGUGUUCUGAACCAGAAGAGAGGGCACGUGUUUGAGGAGAUGCAGAGGCCGGGUACCCCGCUCUACAACAUCAAGGCUUACCUCCCUGUCAUUGAGUCCUUUGGGUUCUCCAGCCAGCUGAGGGCUGCAACCUCUGGUCAGGCAUUCCCUCAGUGUGUGUUUGACCACUGGGAUAUGAUGGGCUCUGAUCCUUUGGAGGCUGGCUCCCAGGCUGCUCAGCUGGUGUUGGACAUCCGCAAGAGGAAGGGUCUCAAGGAACAGAUGAACCCGCUUUCUGAGUACGAGGACAAGCUCUAAAUUUUUGC